CUCGCUCCCUCCCCUCCCUGGGCGGACCGGAGGCGGCUGCGGGAGCCGCUCCGUCCCCGCUCCGCCGGCGCUCUGUGGUUUAAGAUGGCGGCGGGGGCUGCGGGGGCGAGUCCGUGAGCCCCAGCCCGGAGCUCCGCGGGAGCCGCCGUUACCGGCCGCGGGAGGACGGGGACGCGCCUGCCGGGCCGGGAGCGGCGAGAGCGGCGGGAUGUGAGCGCGGCCCGCCAUGGGGCAGCAGGUGGGCCGCGUCGGGGAGCCGGGCGCGGGGCUCCAGCACCAGCCGCCGCCGCAGCAGCAGCAGCCGCGGGGACUGCGGGGGAGCAGCGCGGCCAGGCCGGCGGGCCGCCGGCGGGAGGCGGCCGGGCGCUCCGCAGAGGCGGGAUUCAAUGUCUUCACCCAGCACGAGGCUCUGCACCGCCCCUACGGUUGUGAUGUUGAACCCCAGGCACUGAACGAAGCCAUCAGAUGGAGCUCCAAGGAGAACCUGCUUGGAGCCACUGAGAGCGAUCCCAAUCUCUUUGUUGCACUUUACGAUUUUGUAGCAAGCGGUGACAACACACUCAGCAUCACCAAAGGUGAGAAGUUGCGAGUCCUGGGUUACAACCAGAAUGGUGAAUGGAGUGAGGUACGUUCGAAGAAUGGGCAGGGCUGGGUACCAAGCAACUACAUCACUCCAGUGAACAGCCUGGAGAAGCACUCCUGGUACCACGGGCCGGUGUCCCGCAGUGCAGCMGAGUAUCUGCUGAGCAGCCUCAUCAAUGGCAGCUUCCUGGUUCGGGAAAGCGAGAGCAGCCCAGGGCAGUUGUCCAUCUCGCUCAGGUACGAAGGACGUGUUUACCACUACAGGAUCAACACCACCUCGGAUGGGAAGGUCUAUGUGACAGCAGAAAGCCGUUUCAGCACACUGGCAGAGCUCGUACACCAUCACUCGACGGUGGCAGACGGGCUGGUGACAACUCUGCAUUACCCAGCACCCAAGUGCAAUAAGCCCACUGUGUAUGGAGUGUCCCCCAUCCAUGACAAGUGGGAGAUGGAGCGCACCGACAUCACCAUGAAGCACAAGCUYGGGGGAGGGCAGUACGGCGAGGUCUACGUGGGUGUCUGGAAGAAAUACAAUCUCACAGUCGCUGUGAAAACCUUAAAGGAAGAUACCAUGGAGGUGGAAGAAUUUUUGAAAGAAGCUGCUGUGAUGAAGGAGAUCAAACACCCAAAUCUAGUGCAGUUGUUAGGUGUGUGCACCCUGGAGCCCCCCUUUUACAUCGUGACGGAGUACAUGCCCUACGGGAACCUGCUCGACUACCUGCGCGAGUGCAACCGCGAGGAAGUCAGCGCUGUUGUGCUGCUCUACAUGGCCACGCAGAUCUCCUCUGCCAUGGAGUACCUGGAGAAGAAGAACUUCAUCCACAGGGACCUGGCAGCACGGAACUGCUUAGUUGGAGAAAACCAYGUGGUGAAGGUGGCUGACUUUGGCUUAAGUCGGCUCAUGACUGGUGAUACCUACACAGCCCAUGCUGGGGCCAAGUUCCCAAUCAAAUGGACAGCUCCUGAGAGCCUGGCCUACAACACCUUUUCAAUCAAAUCAGACGUGUGGGCUUUUGGGGUGCUAUUAUGGGAAAUUGCUACCUAUGGGAUGUCACCAUAUCCAGGCAUUGACCUCUCUCAGGUGUAUGAUCUGCUGGAAAAGGGCUAUCGGAUGGAGCAGCCAGAGGGGUGUCCUCCCAAGGUGUAUGAACUGAUGAGGGCAUGCUGGAAGUGGAACCCACCAGACCGACCUUCCUUUGCUGAGACCCACCAGGCUUUCGAAACCAUGUUCCACGACUCGAGCAUCUCAGAGGAGGUWGCAGAGGAGCUUGGAAGAACAGCCUCCUCCUCAUCCUUAGUUCCUUACUUGCCCCGCUUACCCAUGCUUCCUUCCAAGACGAGAACACUGAGGAAACAGGCAGAGAACAAGGAGAACAUUGAAGGAACACAGGAGACUGUGGAGCACUCAGCUUCCAGCUCAGCACCAGGUUUCAUCAGAAGCACACAGCCAACUGGCGGGUCCCCCGCACUGCCCCGCAAGCAGAGGGACAAAUCCCCCAGCAGCCUCCUGGAGGAUGCCAAAGAGACCACGUUCACCAGGGACAGGAAAGGGGGCUUCUUCAGCUCCUUUAUGAAGAAGAGGAAUGCUCCCACGCCUCCCAAGCGCAGCAGCUCCUUCCGGGAGAUGGAGAACCAGCCCCAUAAGAAAUACGAGCUGACGGGUAACUUCUCCUCUGUUGCUUCCUUGCAGCACGUGGAUGGGUUCUCCUUUGCUCCUGUGCAGCAGGACACGAGCCUGGCACCCCCCAAGUGCUACGGAGGGGGCUUUGUGCAGAGGACCUUCUACAGCGAGGAUGGCACUGGGCCCAGCAGUGSUGGGGGCGUGAGCACUGGUGGAGCAUGGUCGGGCCUCACCGGCUUCUUCACGCCACGCCUGAUUAAAAAGACACUGGGUUUACGAGCAGGAAAACCCACUGGCAAUGAAGAAGCUUCAAAGCCUUUUCCAAGGUCAAACUCUACAUCUUCCAUGUCCUCAGGGCUUCCAGAACAGGAUAGGAUGGCAAUGACCCUUCCCAGAAAUUCCCAGAGGUCAAAAAUUCAGCUGGAACGGACUGUGUCCACCUCCUCUCAGCCCGAUGAGAGCACGGGGAGGGCCAAUGACCUGCUUCCCAAAAGGUUUGAAGAAGGCCCUGCUUUGACCAGAGAGAGACCAAAAGCRAAACUGUUGCCAAGGGGUGCCACAGCACUCCCUUUCCGAACUCCCUCCGCAUUGGAAGAAAAGGAGGGUCCGGGGCUAGUGGCAGCUCCUAAGGGCAAAGAAAAAAACAGUGGCCCACGCCAAGGGGCCCYUGAGGAUGGCGAGAGGCCGGGGUGGUCAUCUCCGGUAAAGGCUGCAGCAAUACUUCCAACCACUCAUAACCACAAAGUGCCAGUCCUAAUCUCACCCACUCUAAAACACACUCCAGCAGACGUGCAGCUCAUUGGCACAGACUCUCAGGGUAAUAAAUUCAAGCUCUUAUCUGAGCAUCAGGUCACUUCUUCUGGCGACAGGGACCGGCCCAGACGGGUAAAACCAAAGUGUGCUCCACCUCCACCACCAGUGAUGCGGCUCCUCCAACAGCCAGCUGCCUGCUCGGAUGCAGCAGAAGAGCUGAGCGGCGCGGCGGGAGCGCAGGACGGACUGGAAUCCAGCGAAGGGAGUAAGAAGGCAGCAGCAGCAGCAGCACCUGUUGGUGGAAAAUCUGGGAGGCCCGUGAUGCCUCCGCCUCAAGUGCCUCUGUCAUCGUCUUCCACCUCCCCAGUGAAAAUGGCCAACGGCACGGCUGGCGCCAAGGUAGCGCUGAGAAAGACCAAACAGGCAGCUGAGAAAAUCUCCACAGACAAGAUCAGCAAGGAGGCGCUGCUGGAGUGUGCCGAUCUGCUCUCGAGUGCCAUCGCCGAGCCCACGCCCAACAGCCAGCUGGUGGACACGGGGCACCAGCUGCUGGAUUACUGCUCAGGCUACGUGGACUGCAUCCCGCACACGCGCAACAAAUUUGCCUUCCGGGAAGCCGUGAGCAAACUGGAACUGAGCCUGCAGGAGCUGCAGGUGUCCUCCACAGCUGCUGGCGUCCCUGGGGCAAACCCCGUCCUUAAUAACUUAUUGUCAUGUGUCCAAGAAAUCAGUGAUGUGGUGCAAAGGUAGCUACUGUCAAUCUGGGUAAGAGAAACACACACGGGGAGGGGGGGACUGUUUUUCUGUACUGAUGCUUUCAAAAGGAAAGACUGAUACUUGAGUAUGUGAAGUACCUCAGAUCACUGAGUUCUCCUCACGUUUACAGGUUCAUCUCAAAAAAUGGGGGAUGGAGAGGGUAGAUUAAAGCUGUAAGGGGCAGAACAUCAAGGAUCUGUCCCUACCUAGUCAGGCUGAUCUGCUUGGUAUGGUAAGGGAAGGAAGUUCCCUCUCCUCCCUCGGGGAGGCAGGAGAAGCGAUGGCAGUUUCUCCCUCUGGGCAGGACGGUGGUGACAGCUGGAGUCUUGGGGUGGCUGCAGCUGCUUGGCUGUACAGAUCCUGCCCUGGCUGCACUCACAUGUGCUUUGCUGUUCUGACAAGGCCAAGGAAAGGUACUGGGGCUCUGCUGGUACCAAGGGCAAAGCAGUCUGAGCCGGAGGGGCUCCAGCAGGGAGUCGUGUGCAGCUGGGGGAAAGGUCUAAUGCACUGACAGUAAUCAGAGCUGCUGGAGGUGGAUGCACUGGUCUGGAUGGCUUAACUUCCACAGCGCUGUUGCUGCUGUAAUGAGAACUGCAAGAUUAGUUAAUAUAUGAAACUCUCCCUUUUCCCUCCUGUCCGCCUCGUCCACCACCUUCUCAUCGUCAUUGUAUCGGAAGCGUCAGGGAUGCUGGGCAGACUUACCACUGGAAUACCCCCUUCCCCRCCACACAGCCUUCACUCAGCUGAUACCUAUUUCUAGUGGUCUAGCACAGGUGCUGCUUGAUGGUCAUUUUUGAGUAGUCUGGGGCUCUUGCACAACUUGCCAGUGUUGUUGUUGGGGUGGGUGGGUUAUUUCUUUUUAAGCUCUAGAUUGUUUUUAACUUGUUACCAGGUUGACUCCCCASUUCAGUUUGGUCACCGUAAGGACCYRUGGUAGGUAAG